AUGGCCGCGGAGGCCAUGUCGCGCCACAGUGACUGCUGUUCACCUCACAAGAGCGGUGCCGACAAAACAGUGCGGACCUGUCUGUUGAGUUCGGCGACCGAGACGAGCUCCAUUCUGGGUUACUCGGGGUCAACAUCGGAAGUGGUGACGAGUCGAAUAAUGUAUCAGCUCCCUUUAAUUUCCCCCUCGAUAUCACAGCUGGAACGACUUGAGAUUUUGCACAGAAAGGGCCUAAGAAGGGCUCUUGGCGUUCCGCAGACUGCUCCUAACAAUGCAGUACUUUAUAUCUUUACUGAUGGCUCUGUGGACAAGGUCAAAGGAUCUAGUGUAGCUGCUUUUCAC